UAUGCAUGAGUUACAGUAAGUAGGUACUGAUACGCUGUGAAUUUUGACGAGUGAUCUUGCGUGAUGUCUACAAAACAGACAGUUUCAAGGACCAGGAGUCUGAAGGGAAAAGAAGCGCUUUUAGAGUGGUGCAAACAGCAAACUGAGGGGUACAAAGAUGUCGAUGUUCGUGAUUUGAAUGCAUCGUGGAGAGACGGUUUGGCGUUCUGUGCCCUUCUUCACCGAUUCAACCCAGAACUUCUGUAAGUAUUUGGCGUUCAAGAAGGUUCUGUUUUUAGUGUGCGAUAAGCAAAAUGCAACUUAAUAUUCUAUAAUAAGCGAGGUCCCCUUUCCCAGAAAUUAUUUCACCUGAGUAUGGCAAAAUUGACUUGGGUGAGCAGAGACUGCUGAACAUCUCAGCAAAUUGCCUAACUCAAAAUAAGUCCAGCUUAAUAACUUUACGAUCAGUAGUGUCCUAACUGACAUACUCUAGCUGAUAACCCCGUUUGUUUAUCCACCGGGUAAAAUAACGUCAAACGCCAAACUUCUGCAUCAUAUAGGUGGAUCAAAAUUAUACAAGAUCCGUGUUUAUAUAACAGUUGUUGUGUUUAAAACCUCUCUCGCAUUUUCUAAUAUUGUUUAUCUAAGAAAUAAUAUGUUUUCCAAGGCCACAAUCUGCUAUUGAUAAAUUCUCGUUACGACUGAAAGUUAAUCAUCUCAUAUGAUAAACUUUCACACAUAACAAGAUUUUAUAGUGUUCUGAACAACUGAACAAUAAGAAUUAGAGGAAGAAAAAUAUUUACAAGAAACACUAAAUGAUCUGUUGCACGAAACAGCGUUCAAAUCUUAAUCACAUUCACGACCAGAAAUAUAUAACUAAGAAAUACAUAAGUUACAAUUCACUUCAGGAAAAAAAGAAGCUUGGAAUGACGACCCUUAAGCUUUUAUAUCGCGAACAGCAAUUAAACCUAAUCAACCUUAAAAUCAGAUGGCGAAACGAUGACAAAAGAACACAAUUCACGGUUUACUAAAUAUUGAAUAAAUACACAAAACAGAAAGGGAAAAGAUGUUUUUCUGUCCGUUUCCUUAUCGUUUUGGAGGGAGGCCAGAUGGACGGCCAAAUUCAUGAAGUUUCUUAAAGGUCACCUGUAAAAAACUGACCUUUAUCAGGAUUGACUACUACAAUAGGUUUACUAUUACAGCUUUGGAUGCGUUAAAUGUUUGUCCUGAGUGCAAUAAGUUUGAAUAAGUAUCGAUUUCUACCUUAAGUGGUUUUUAAAGGCCGCUCAUGCGUAAUUCGAUAGGUCAGUUUGCACUUAAGAUGACUUUUGGACGGACUCUUUUUCGUGGCAUUCGGUACCUGCCGACAAUUAUUCGAACCGAAGGUCGAUUUUACCGUCGCGUUCCUCCAAUAGUUAUUUUGAUGGCUAAUCAACCCUUUCAAUCCAAAUAUCAAUUCACAAGAUCCUAAUUUCGUUUUUUUUAAAAUCCCAAGAAUUAAAUAGCAGAGGAGAUUUCAAUUGAAUGGUAACAUCAUAUGAUUUCAUCCACAGUUUUUCAAAUCUCUGAGCGUGUAUACAUUGUUUGCGGAGAAUGAUAUUUCAUCGAAGGAUGUUGAAACCUUGAAGCUAUCAUCGAUAGUAGAUAGAAUGAACUUCCUUUCGUAUGAAUGAACUUCCUUUCAUAUGAUUUCAUCCACAGUUUUUCAAAUCUCUGAGCGUGUAUACAUUGUUUGCGGAGAAUGAUAUUUCAUCGAAGGAUGUUAAAACCUUGAAGCUAUCAUCGAUAGUAGAUAGAAUGAACUUCCUUUCGCCACCUUCCGAAAAUGGGGAAAAGGCGGGGAAUUCAACCCAGACGAGCAAGCUCGCGGGGGAAUGAAGACACGGUCAACUUAACAGAGUAAGCAGAAAGGGUGGGUGGGAGGGGUGACGCCAACCAAAGUUAGUCAGGACUCUCAUAUAAUAGUUAUAUGCUAUGCAAGUACUCUAAAGACAAAACAGAUACUAGGUGAAAUACUGCAGUUCAAUUCACAGGCUCCUGCAACUCAUGCAUUGUCCUUCUUACAUACUUACUUAGUAAGCUUCUCAAUACUAAUAUAUAUAUACUCUACAGGGGGGCAUAUAUUUCACCUGGGAGGAUUUUGCUGAGAUCCUUUUUCUCAGUCGAUCUCAAGAUGUUUGUUCUUCCACAUAUCCAGUAUAGUGCUCUAAGAAACCAUCAAUCCAUUGAUUGUGUUCGUGCACAGACUAGGGAAUACAUCGUCCCCUAGCUACUCGGUCCCUGAGAUAACCUUUUGUUUCGAACGGGACAGCAAGAAGGUAGUUCGGCCAAGAAUUAGGUGACCCAGGAGCCCAUAGUGAGGUUAUGGGCCCUGGUAACUGCAAAGCAUGAAGUUUAGUCAUCCUUUGCUCUGCAUUGGCCCUCUGCAUUUAGUUAUGGGAAAGUCACGUGAUUAGCCGGUGCACUGCUUGUCUUAAAGGUUUGGUUUCAAAAUGCCGGUGAGGAAGUGAACCCUCCAAAAAUUGGGUUUCGUCAACGGAGUUGACUUGGUGAAAUUACCACUGUAAAACGGCUGAAAACCUAACGUUUUGGAACGCAGGCCCACGUUGUCUUAUUUUUUAAUUGAUAAAACGUCUUUAAAUAGCCAUAAAUGAAAUAAAAUAACUAAAACGGAGUCCGUGUCGGGGGUGAACUUUCGAACUUUGCCAAAAUGUUAAUCAAGAAUUAUCAUUUUAGGGAUUUUGAGAGCCUCUCAAAAGACGAUGCAAUGAAAAAUAACGAGUUGGUAAGUCGAGAUCAGUUUAUUCACUGCUAUUACCAAAACUCAACAUAGCGACGACACACGUAUGAACAUCAGUAGACGUCUUGCUUGAUACGAUAAGCAAUAAAAAAAGUAAACUCGCAACUCUUUUUAUUCGUAAACUGUCGAAAAAAUAGCUGAGUUGAAACAAUGUCUCAAAAUUUGUCUUUUCAGAAAGUCAAAUUCUUUCAUGUUUUAUUUGCUGUGUUAAACCGAGUUUCAUUGACCAAAAUUAAACGUUCGUCUGUUUGUUUGCUUUCAGGCUUUCAAAAUUGCCCAGGAGGUAUUAAAGGUACCAGCAUUAUUGGACGCAGAGGACCUGGUGUCGAUGGAAGUUGUUGAUGAAUUGAGUGUGAUGACCUAUGUGUCAAUGUUAUACAAGCGAAUGACCAAGCAAUCACGUUCUGGUAAGUGUUGCGUUUAUACGUCACACCAAAUACAUAUAUAUAUGGUUUCUUCAUUAGAGGCCGGCGGUAUCUUCAAAAGACCAGGUAUUCGCAGACAUUCGAAAAACGGACGAGCAAAUAAGGUUCUUCUGCUGGUCUUCUCCUUUCCUACGGUUGUCGCAUGAGAAGGAGCUACAAGUACUUGAGAGAAUAUGACUGGAAAAAAAAACACUGCAUAUUCGAGAAAAAGAAGGGAGUAAAAGAUAGAGUGUUGUUCCGUUAUUGUUGUUACCCAACGCCUAGCGCCGUCAUUCCAGCAGAUUUGCAACCAACUCCAAGUUUACUGAAGUUCAAAAUCAUGACUGAUAAAAACAAAUUCUUUUCCUUUUUUAGCCCCCACAAGUCCAACUGCCACAUCUCCGACAGGUAUGGUAUAAAUUUUAAAAAAUCUGUAUUUUUUUGUUGAGUGUACGUCCGAGCAUUAAAAAUCCAAACUAGGCCAGUUAUAACAGCUUUAAAUCUUCCUGAUCAGGGACGUAGCUAGGGGAAGGUCCUGGGGGUCCUGUGACGCCCAUUUUUGUGAGAUAAUUGUUUUAUGUCCCUAUGAUUGUGACCAAAACGCGCGAAUCUGAAGAAUUUACAUGCAAUAAAUAUUUUCAAGCGCUAGAUAGUUCUAUUCUCCAUUUGCGGGACCGCAUAUCUGUAGUGGACCAGUGAGACUAAAAUAAAGUAAUUUAUGUAACGUGAAACUUAAUUCAUCUAUGCAGCUAUUUUGUAGACUUUCCCUUCCCCCACGCUCACUGCUCAAUCGAAAACAUGUCACUUUUAGUAAAACGCGGCGUGGAUGUCGACAUGCCAAUCUGGUAAGUACCCUAGGUGUGACACAGUGUGACCUCCCCCCUUUGAAAAAUCCCAGCUACACCCCCUGCUGAUCCAAACUAAGCCAAAUAAACUUAAGCAUAAAAGGUGAUUUUGGAUUUAUAUAACAAUCUUUAACCCGAAGAGUUCAGAUCUAAUUCCUCUAAAUCGAAAACCCAUUGUGGAGGGCUCGAAACACUGCAGUUUGGUGCACAUAUUUAUGUGUCCCUCAUGCAGGAACAAUAACUUUGUCUCUUGAUUGCAUUAGUUAGUUGGGUGGUUUUGUAAUCACUACAGGCCGGAGAGGCUUUUACUGUUUGAAAUUUGUACAUUUGGGUUUUUGCUUCAUUUUCAGGUCAAACGCGAAGAACCCUUUUCGAUGUCCUCAAAGAUGAGAAUAACUUCUCUGAAAUUUACGAGAAACGGAGAAAUCGCCUUAGUUCUGGUGAAGUGAGCCCCACGAGCAAGACUAGCAGAGCAAGGAGCACAUCACAAGAACUUGAGCAGGAAAAUCAGGCUGAAAAUGAAUUCAAAUAGGAUGUGUAAUAUUCUGUAGCACCAAGAAUAUUUAAUCAAAACCAGGCGUGUUAUUGGCCAGUGUGGUUGGGCGUGGGACUGGGACGCGUUAACAUGUCUAGCAUUAGGGGGCUUAAGCAACGACCACAGCGACGGAAAAGAGAGCGGCAAAAAAGCAAACUAUGCACGUGCAUCACACUUUUUUGUACAUUUCUUUGCCAUCACUGCACAAAAAUGCCAAAUUUCACGUUUUGUGAAGGACAAAACAAGAGACGAGGAAAGUUUUCUUCCCCUCUUUAAACUUUGAUAUGGUUCUUAUAGGAAUUCAACUCCAGGAGAGCCUACAGUUGAUACAGUAAGUUAGUAGUGGAAUUAUCGCAACGAAGAUUGGAAGAACGCGACUUCACAUGACUAAUUUCAGCUGAAAUUUAAACGACGUAUGUUUCACUGCUUUAAGCUCAUGCCGUUUUGUUCAGUUCGUCCAAUGUUGGCAAAUUCUCCUAACUGUAGUUGAAUUAUAAAAGACUGUAUCGAAGUUUAAGAAAAGAAAACGAAAGUCGUGGUGUUGUGGCGUCCUCCACAAAACGUGAAGUCACGUUUUUGCUGAUCUAAACCUGUUCCUUUUUUCGCCGUUCUCGUUACCGUCGCAUAUGCAGAGGUGACCGGGGUAAACACUGUCCCAUAGUGCAAUUCGACAAAAAACGUGCCUUGUCUCAAGCGCAACCUCUGAAUAGCCAAUACCCAGAAGCCUAUGUGGUAAAAGAGCCAAAACCAUAUCUGUGGACGUUAUAUCAAUAUAUAGUGUUUGAUAUAAUACUUUAGCUUGCGUUUAUACAUAGUUGAAAUGACUUUACUUGACACCAAGACAGACAGAAAGCAAGGGGCAUAUACACCAACCCACGACCUGGCUAGUACCUCACGCAUGCGCAAAGCCAUAUCACCCGGGCAGUGGCAGCUAUAGAAAGCUUUUUCGCCCUUAGCUUGUUGGGGCUCAUCAGCAUGACAGCCGCCAGACAAAGCCGUGUAUUAAAGGCCCUUUACCGCCAAGGCGAGUGGAGACACUCCUUUAAGCGCAGUUUGUCCUAUUUGACACUGUAUUUUAGCAUCUUAUCUUUAUUCCAUGUAUAUUUUAAUAUAGUUUUAAAAACUGUACACAACAGACAUUCAAACGUUAACUAUAUUACUCUUCUUUAAGUGUCCUUAAUUUUUUAAAAAAUACAGCGUUGACGCUAGGUCAUACCAUAGAAUGGAAACAGCCCUCGUUGCGUUUGGAUUAAAUAGUCGAUCAAAUAGGCUAAAGAGGCCGAUCCUUUCGGGCAGCCGUUACUUUCAGAUGGUUUCUGAAAGGCAGACUGUAACUAAAGAGGAUGGUUCCAGGUUGACCGUAACGUAUAACUUAAGUGAUUUCAUUAAAUGUUUGAAUUAUACCUUAACGCAUACAACUUUUAACAUGUUGCUUAGUCCCUGGCUGCAGUCACGCCGUUCCUUCCUGAAAACAGCACACAGAGUGGCUUAAACACGGAGAGUGUACAGUCCAAAGAUUUUCACACAUUUUAUACAUGCUCUCUAGACGUAUCUGGUUAUUUUAGUAUUCUCCGUGUUAGCCUUCCGUCCACACGUUAACGGCGUUUUCGAGCACCAAAAACGAUCCCCAGAG